AUUUUGACGUUUGUAACAACAACAGCACAUAACCUCAAAUUGAGUUAUUCAAUUAUUUUAAUUCAUUGUACAAUGUUUUAAUAAUAUGUGUAAAUUUAACUACACGAAGCUAUAGGAGUCAACACGACAUGGCUAAACAGUACGGUUUAAUAAUACCCGGCAAAGAAAAACCUAAAUUGCCAACUGGAAUUGCGAAGGGUAAUGUUUUUGGCAGUGAUAGCGAAGAUGAAGGCGAUGAGGCUAAAUCCACGUUUGGUAUGGGCGGCACGACUACUUUAAAACGACAGGCUCGAAUUGUUCAGCAAAAAGCUCUUGAAGAAGACCCUACCGUGUAUCAAUACGAUGAAAUAUAUGAUGAGAUGGAAUCUAAGAAAGUUGAUGAAGAAAAAAUAGCCGAAAAGAAAAACAGAACCUCGUUAUAUAGGAAAGUUAUUAGAGUCUGCAUCAAAGAGAAAAUUGGAGCAAGAACGCAGAGUUGA